AUGGCGGCGCAAGGUGUACCCUUCCUUGGUGGUUGGUGCACUGCUAACAAGCUGGACAGGGGGUGGACUGCCGAUGGCGGCGCAAGGCUGCCAAUGGCAGCGUAAGGUGUACCCUUUCCUGGAGGUUGGCGCGCCAUGCACAAGUCGGUUAGGGAGAGGUUGCCUAUGGUAUAACAAGGUUGACGCGUUGCGCACAAGCCGGUAAUGCGGCAGGUUGCCGACGGUGUUGCAAUGGGCACCCUCUCUCAGAGAUUGCGCACGAUGCGGCCGGUCUACAACAUACUAACAUGCUGCUCACACAACUGCUGUAGUGGCGGGUUCAAUUCCCCUGCACUACGUUUUUUUUCAUGUUUCAUUUGUUUUUUCGCCCCGUGUUCGGAUCAUUACAACUCUACCGUCGGUACAUUCCCGAGCAAACCUCUGAAACGACAUCCCGUGCCCAUGCCUCAUACACAUUGCCACUAGCUCUAGCUUAAACCCAUCUCCGCCCGCGGCUCAUCGUCUUUACCCCACAGGUUCAACAUCACAAGUUGCACGAUAACAUGUGAGCGAGAAGCACCAAAGGUACUUCAAAUUGAAACAAUACAUACAUACCCGUCCGAACGUCGUGUUGUGUAUUGAAUGUCCCCCACAGCAGCAUGCCCUCGCCCAUGAUCGUCAGCGACGUCGAUCAUGGAGACGACCCACAAUCCCCGCAGUAAACUACGUUUGUUUGUUGUGAGGAAAAACAACUCAGCCGGAAGCAAGAGCUACACGUAGCAGUGUUGUCGUCCAAACGCACUGGUAGAAACGACCGUCUGUUCCGACACGAAACAAAGAACCCCCCCCCA